AUGGAAUCUGGACCUAGGCUCUAUUCAUUUGAUCACUUCAAUUUUGACCCUAAAUGGUUCAUUGAUCCUAAGCAUCUUUAUGUUGGUCCCCGGAUUGGUGAAGGAGCUCAUGCUAAAGUCUAUGAGGGAAAAUAUAAAAACCAGAUUGUUGCUAUUAAAAUUGUACAUAAAGGGGACUCUCCAGAAGAAAUUGCCAAGAGAGAAGAUCGGUUUGCAAGGGAGGUGGCUAUGUUGUCUAGAGUGCAACAUAAGAACUUGGUGAAGUUUAUUGGUGCCUGCAAAGAGCCAGUAAUGGUGAUAGUCACUGAGCUGUUAUCAGGUGGAACGCUGCGCAAGUAUUUGCUUAACAUGCGUCCUAAAUGUUUAGAUACGCAUGUUGCCAUUGGUUUUGCACUCGAUAUUGCACGUGCUAUGGAGUGUCUGCAUUCUCACGGAAUCAUACACCGUGAUCUUAAACCUGAUAACUUGCUAUUGACGGAAGACCAUGUAACAGUCAAGCUAGCAGAUUUUGGUUUAGCAAGAGAAGAGUCUUUAACUGAGAUGAUGACAGCUGAAACAGGAACAUACCGAUGGAUGGCUCCAGAGUUAUACAGUACUGUCACACUGAGGCAGGGGGAGAAGAAGCAUUAUAACCAUAAAGUUGAUGCUUAUAGCUUUGCGAUUGUGUUUUGGGAGCUCUUACACAACAAAGUUCCUUUUGAAGGCAUGUCAAACCUUCAAGCAGCAUAUGCUGCAGCUUUCAAGAAUGUAAGGCCGAGUGCAGAUCAUCUCCCUGAGGAACUAGCUAUAAUUCUUACUUCAUGCUGGCAAGAGGACGCAAAUGCCCGACCCAACUUCACUCAGAUAAUCCAAAUGCUCUUAAAUUAUCUGUACACUGUUUCGCCUCCUGAGCCUGCUAUUCCUUCAAGAAUAUUCACUUCUGAGAACACAGUCUUGCCGCCUGAGUCUCCUGGUACAAGCUCCUUAAUGGCGAAGCGUGAUGACACCGGCGAUACACCGAGAAUAAAGGACGAAAUAAAGCCUAAUGGUUUCCUUUGCUGUUUUAGCCAGUGUUAUUAA